GCUAACGGUCCCAACGUCGCAGGCGCACACGGGGUCGCCAGCGCCCCCUCCAGUGCUUGGCUCAAGGUGCUUGUCGGAAGGGUGAGGAGCCCGGGCUGCGGCAGUGGACGAGGUGCAUUGUCCGGAUCCAGAACCGGAGCCAGAACCGGAGCCAGAACCAGAGCCGGAGCCACGGAGGGGAGCAGGGCCUGUGCCCCUCAGGAAGCUGCGCCCGGAAGAGGAGCCAGAGGCGAGGGGUUCCCGGUGCCGGUAGACGGGGGAGGACAAGAUGGAGAAGAGGCACAGGGUGACCCCACCUCUGGUCUUUGCUGUCACCAUCGCUGCGAUCAGCUCUUUCCAGUACGGCUACAACACUGGGGUCAUCAAUGCCCCCGAGAUGAUCAUCCGGGAGUUCCUCAACACCACCCUGUCUCAGAAGCUCAGCGAGCCUCCCAGCCCUGGGCUGCUCACCACCCUGUGGUCCUUGUCCGUGGCCAUCUUCUCCGUGGGCGGAAUGAUCGGCUCCUUUUCCGUGGGACUCUUUGUCAACCGCUUUGGCAGGCGCAACUCCAUGCUCAUGGUCAACCUCCUGGUGGUCGCUGGUGGCAGCCUCAUGGCUUUCUGCAAGAUGGCCAAGUCGGUGGAGAUGCUGAUCCUGGGCCGUGUGGUCACAGGCAUCUUCUGUGGGCUCUGCACAGGUUUUGUGCCCAUGUACAUCGGAGAGGUGUCUCCCACCACCCUGCGGGGCGCCUUUGGCACCCUCAACCAGCUGGGCAUCGUCAUCGGGAUUCUGGUGGCUCAGAUCUUUGGCCUGAAAUUCAUUUUGGGGACUGAAGACCACUGGCCCCUGCUGCUGGGCUUCACCAUCAUCCCAGCCAUCUUACAAAGCAUAACCCUUCCGUUUUGCCCCGAGAGUCCUAGAUUCUUGCUCAUUAACAGACAGGAAGAGGAGCGUGCUACGAAGAUCCUCCAGUGGCUAUGGGGCUCCCAGGAUGUGUCCCAGGACAUCCAGGAAAUGAAGGAUGAGAGUGUCCGGAUGAGCCAGGAGAAGAAAGUCACCGUGCUGGAGCUCUUCCGGGCCCGCAACUACCAGCAGCCCAUCAUCAUCUCCAUCAUGCUGCAGCUGUCCCAGCAGCUCUCGGGGAUCAACGCCGUUUUCUAUUACUCCACCGGAAUCUUCAAGGACGCGGGCGUCCAGGAGCCGAUCUACGCCACCAUUGGGGCAGGCGUGGUCAACACCAUCUUCACAGUGGUGUCCGUGUUCCUGGUGGAACGGGCAGGAAGGAGGAGUCUGCACAUGAUCGGCCUCGGUGGCAUGGCCUUCUGUUCCAUCCUCAUGACUGUCUCCCUGCUGCUGAAGGACACAUACAGCUUCAUGAGCUACAUCUGCAUUGGGGCCAUCCUGAUCUACGUGGCCUUCUUUGAGAUUGGGCCCGGCCCCAUCCCCUGGUUCAUCGUGGCUGAACUCUUCAGCCAGGGGCCCCGCCCGGCCGCUGUGGCCGUGGCUGGCUGUUCCAACUGGACCUCCAACUUUUUGGUUGGACUGCUCUUCCCCUUGGCUGCAGCCUCUCUAGGAGCCUACGUUUUCAUUGUCUUCGCUGUCUUCCUCAUUAUCUUCUUGAUCUUCACCUUCUUCAAAGUCCCUGAGACCCGAGGCAGGACUUUUGAGGACAUCACUCGGGCCUUCGAAGGGCGAGGUGCUCAGGAAGCCGGGAAGACCCCAGCCGUGGAGCUGAACAGCCUGCAGCCGGUGAAGGAGCCGGGCGUCUAAGCCGCUCGGCCACCCGCCUCCUCCAGCACCGCGGACAGCGACUCCCGUGGGAGGCUCAAGGUGAACCCAGGACUGCUCAGUGCUGCUACCAGUACCAGUUCAGGCUCGGCCAGAGGCCAGGACCACCCCCUUCCGGCCCCUUCCCGCCCGGCGCCAGGCUGGCCUCUCCAGGCCCGGUGGGAGCCGGUGCCACUCCUCACCGCACAGCUUGCACCACAGUCCCUCGGGUUGUAUUUAUUUUACCUUCUGGUUUUAUUGCAUAAAUAUUUAUUUUUUUAAGUGUAAUUUUUCCAAAUAGUGAAGACAUAAGAAAGUGGAGGGGCGAGGGAGGUGUUUAGAUGCUGUGGGCAAGGCGGGUUUGAUGGAGGCUGGGGUGCCUGCCCUGCUGGUGGGGUUCAGGGAGAAGUCUUGUCCCUGGGGUGUGAGGGCCCCAGGCGGCUGACGCCCCAGCCCUUUCUGUGGCUCCUCGUGGAGACCGCGCUCAUUUCAGGAAAGUCACGUGCCUGUGUAGAAAAACUGGUUUCCUUUGGAAGUCUUCUUUUAAGAUUAGAGUUUAUGUAGAGUAUUACUUGAAAUCGGGGACUGUUGCUCAGAUGGCAUUGUAAUUAAAGGCAGUUGGUGGGUUUUGAUUCCAGUGUGGCUGGAGAAGGCUGUCCGAAGCCCGCCCUCCCAUCCCCAGUAGACUCACUGUAGUCCCCACCCUACACCCCUGUGGGGAGAACCCGGAAUACUGGUUCUCAGGACAGCUUUGGUAUUUCUCCACUGUUAAGAUAUUUUAUCUGUUUUGAUUUUGGGUUUUUUUUGGGUUUUUGGUACUGGGGAUUGAACUUGGGUCCUUGUACUUGUGCAGCAGGCAGCGAAACAACUGAGCUAAAUCCCCAGCCCUGUUUUGAUUUUGACUUGUAGCUUUAAAGGAAGUCAGGAGAAUCUUCAUGGGUGAUUUGGAAUUUGGAACCUCAGCUCUGGGAGGGGGUUUUCCUGAUCAACCACCACUCUGCUAUCAGUAUGUGGGGUCCAUGUUACUGAGUCAUGUUACUGAGCCGUCAGGUGCCCUAGGGACCUGACUCCUCUAGGGGACUGAGACAGCAAGGGUGAGUGUGCUGUCCUGCCUGGAGGAAGCAGCUCACUGGGCACUUGCUCCCUGUGUUGCCACCGUGGCCCCGGGGAUAGAAUGUAUUAGCUUAGCCCUGUGUGUAGAUGCAACACUGCCUCUGCUGGGUGGCACCUGCACCCAGAACUCGGGGUUCAGACCCCUUGGCUGUCCCUCACUGCACCUGAGGCUGAGGACUCAGCCUGUCCAAGGACAGGAAGGGGCGCUAGGCCGGCUGCGUGGCUCACGGGACACUGGUUGUGGGGAGAGGAAACUGAGAAGCAGAUGCUUCUCAUUGGAGGGGUCAGACAGCCCUCCCAGCAGCGUUGGCUCCUGCCGGUCCCCUCUGGUCCCCUGCUCCGCCUCACCCUCCCCUGCUCAUCUCCCCCUUGGUGCUCACACUCAGUCCGUGGUUCUCAAUCCCGCUGGUCACCGAGCCCCUGGAUGAACUGAGCAAGAGGGAGCUGGGUCCCACUUUCCUUGAACUGCGCCUCCUGCCGCCAAGAUCACUUGGCAGUCAUGCAGGGUAGCCCUGUCCCCUUUCUCGGUGACCAGGUUGUAAAUAUUUCCACAGGGGUUUUCUACUAUUCAUGUUACUGUGGUUCUUUGUUUUGAAAUAAAAAUUGUAGACGUACA